CGAGACAUAUGUGCGAACGCGAACCCACUGUCAGUUUCCUCUCGCGUUCCCUUUCGGGAAAUGAAAAUCCUCUCUGUGGUCUCCGUAAAGACUUAAGAGGGGGUUGCUUGGAGUACCCCAGCUCAACUGAUUGACAUUUCGAAACCCUACGAACAAUCGCCUGAGCUUCGAAAGUUUCUGCAGUACAGAGCUAUAAAAGUUUCGCUCUAGGUCUGAAUAUCCAGACACUGUUUAAUCGAUUCGGAGUUUAGCGAAGUUUUGUAGAUUAUAAACAAUCGCCAGAGCUUCGAAAGCUUCUGCAAGUACGGAGGAUCUAAGGUUUUGUUCCAGGUCUGAAGAGAUCUCCACUGGCUGUAUAAUCGUUUUGUAUAUUGCAUAGGUCUUGUAGAUUGAGGGACUAUGUGGAAUAACGGGCAAAUGGCGCCUCCCGGCGCUGGGGCAGUACCUCCUCCCCCGGCAGUGCAACCGACUUACACAGUUCCGCCAUCACCUGCGGAGGCGGAGGCACGCCUUGAAGAGAAGGCUCGGAAAUGGAUGCAGCUCAAUUCGAAGCGUUAUGGUGAUAAGAGGAAGUUCGGGUUUGUAGAGACGCAGAAGGAGGAUAUGCCUCCCGAGCAUGUCCGGAAGAUUGUAAGGGACCAUGGAGACAUGUCUUCAAAGAAAUUUCGUCAUGAUAAACGUGUUUAUCUUGGCGCUUUGAAGUUCAUCCCACAUGCAGUAUACAAGCUUCUAGAGAAUAUGCCUAUGCCGUGGGAGCAGGUCCGCAAUGUGAAGGUUUUAUAUCAUAUUACUGGAGCAAUCACAUUUAUCAAUGAAAUACCUUGGGUUGUUGAACCUAUAUAUUUAGCUCAGUGGGGUACAAUGUGGAUCAUGAUGCGAAGAGAGAAAAGGGAUCGCCGGCACUUUAAAAGAAUGCGGUUUCCACCAUUUGAUGAUGAAGAACCUCCAUUGGAUUAUGCAGACAAUUUAUUGGAUGUGGAUCCUUUGGAACCGAUACAACUAGAGAUGGAUGAAGAAGAAGAUUCUGCUGUUUACACUUGGUUUUAUGAUCACAAGCCUCUUGUGAAAACAAAACUCAUCAAUGGUCCCAGUUACAGGAGAUGGCAUUUGUCUCUGCCGAUCAUGGCUACUCUACACCGGCUUGCUGGGCAAUUGCUUUCUGAUUUGAUUGACCGUAACUAUUUUUACUUGUUCGACAUGGAGUCAUUCUUCACAGCAAAAGCAUUAAACAUGUGCAUACCUGGUGGCCCCAAGUUUGAGCCUUUGUAUCGUGACAUGGAGAAAGGAGAUGAGGACUGGAAUGAGUUCAAUGAUAUAAACAAACUCAUCAUCCGUUCACCACUCAGGACAGAGUAUAGAAUUGCAUUUCCUCAUCUGUAUAACAAUAGGCCCAGAAAAGUAAAGCUUUGUGUAUAUCAUACUCCCAUGGUAAUGUACAUAAAGACGGAGGAUCCUGAUUUACCUGCAUUUUAUUAUGAUCCUUUGAUACAUCCGAUAACCACUACCAACAAGGAGCGGCGAGAGAAGAAACUCUACGAGGACGAAGAUGAUGAUGAUUUUUGUCUGCCAGAAGGGGUCGAGCCUUUGCUUGAAAGUACUCAGCUUUAUACGGAUACUACGGCUGCUGGUAUUUCACUGUUGUUUGCCUCUCGUCCUUUUAACAUGAGAUCUGGUCGAAUGCGUAGGGCUGAAGAUAUACCACUUGUGUCAGAGUGGUACAAAGAGCACUGCCCUCCAUCGUAUCCUGUAAAAGUGCGUGUCAGCUACCAGAAACUAUUGAAAUGUUUUGUGCUUAAUGAACUGCAUCACAGACCUCCCAAGGCUCAGAAAAAGAAGCACUUGUUUCGGUCUCUCCAAGCUACAAAGUUUUUCCAAACCACAGAGCUAGAUUGGGCUGAAGCUGGUCUACAAGUUUGUAAGCAAGGGUACAACAUGCUGAAUCUAUUGAUACACAGAAAGAAUCUGAAUUAUCUCCAUCUUGAUUAUAAUUUUAAUCUGAAACCUGUUAAGACUUUGACCACAAAGGAGCGCAAGAAGUCACGGUUUGGUAAUGCUUUUCAUCUAUGCCGUGAAAUCUUGAGAUUGACAAAGCUUGUAGUAGAUGCCAACAUCCAAUUCCGCUUGGGGAAUGUUGAUGCCUUUCAGUUGGCUGAUGGUUUGCAGUAUACUUUUUCACAUGUUGGCCAGUUGACUGGUAUGUACCGUUACAAAUAUAGGCUUAUGCGGCAGAUUAGAAUGUGCAAAGACUUGAAGCACUUGAUUUAUUACCGCUUCAACACUGGUCCUGUGGGUAAGGGACCUGGAUGUGGUUUCUGGGCUCCAAUGUGGCGGGUGUGGUUGUUCUUCCUUCGUGGUAUUGUGCCUCUGCUAGAGAGGUGGUUGGGAAACUUACUUGCACGUCAGUUUGAAGGGCGUCAUUCAAAAGGAGUUGCGAAAACUGUCACCAAGCAACGUGUUGAAAGCCAUUUUGACUUAGAACUUCGGGCUGCUGUGAUGCAUGAUGUUCUUGAUGCAAUGCCAGAGGGCAUUAAGCAAAACAAGGCAAGGACCAUAUUGCAGCAUCUCAGUGAAGCAUGGCGGUGUUGGAAAGCAAACAUUCCUUGGAAGGUCCCUGGUCUGCCGGUUCCCAUUGAAAACAUGAUUCUUCGUUAUGUUAAGUCAAAAGCUGACUGGUGGACAAAUGUUGCUCAUUAUAACCGUGAACGUAUAAGAAGGGGAGCAACAGUUGAUAAGACGGUUUGCCGGAAAAAUCUUGGAAGAUUGACGCGCUUGUGGUUGAAGGCAGAACAGGAACGACAACACAAUUAUUUGAAGGAUGGUCCAUAUGUCACACCAGAAGAAGCUGUGGCUAUUUACACCACCACUGUGCAUUGGUUGGAAUCGAGAAAGUUUUCUCCCAUUCCCUUUCCUCCAUUGUCUUACAAGCAUGAUACAAAGCUUCUUAUCCUUGCACUUGAGAGGCUUAAAGAAUCUUAUAGCGUGGCUGUGAGAUUAAAUCAGCUACAAAGGGAAGAGCUGGGGCUCAUUGAACAAGCAUAUGAUAAUCCACAUGAGGCAUUAUCACGAAUAAAGCGUCACCUUCUAACACAGAGAGCAUUCAAGGAGGUUGGUAUUGAGUUUAUGGAUCUGUAUAGUUAUUUGAUACCUGUUUAUGAAAUUGAGCCUCUUGAGAAGAUCACAGAUGCAUACCUUGACCAAUAUCUAUGGUAUGAAGGAGACAAGCGCCAUCUCUUCCCCAAUUGGAUUAAGCCUGCAGAUUCAGAGCCACCUCCGCUUUUGGUGUAUAAAUGGUGCCAAGGUAUAAAUAAUUUGCAAGGUAUAUGGGACACAAGUGAGGGACAAUGUGUUGUGAUGCUUCAGACGAAGUUUGAGAAGUUCUUUGAGAAAAUUGACCUCACAAUGCUAAACAGACUUCUCCGAUUGGUUCUUGACCACAACAUUGCAGAUUAUGUGACUGCUAAAAACAAUGUUGUGUUGUCUUACAAGGAUAUGAGUCACACAAAUUCGUAUGGCUUAAUUCGGGGUCUGCAGUUUGCAUCGUUUGUUGUCCAGUAUUAUGGAUUGGUCCUUGAUCUGUUGCUUCUUGGUUUGACUCGAGCCAGUGAAAUUGCUGGACCCCCACAGAUGCCAAAUGAGUUCAUUACAUAUUGGGAUACCAAAGUGGAAACAAGGCACCCAAUUCGGUUGUACUCUCGGUACAUAGACAAAGUGCACAUAUUGUUCCGCUUCACUCAUGAAGAGGCACGGGACCUUAUCCAGAGAUACCUCACAGAACAUCCAGACCCGAAUAAUGAGAAUAUGGUUGGAUAUAACAAUAAAAAAUGUUGGCCAAGAGAUGCAAGAAUGAGGCUUAUGAAACAUGAUGUGAACCUUGGGAGAAGUGUUUUCUGGGACAUGAAGAACCGACUUCCUCGGAGUAUCACGACAUUAGAGUGGGAGAACAGUUUCGUUUCUGUUUAUAGCAAGGACAAUCCAAACUUGCUUUUCAGCAUGUGUGGAUUCGAAGUUCGGAUUUUACCGAAGAUAAGAAUGAGUCAAGAGGCUUUCAGCAACACUAGAGAUGGGGUUUGGAACUUGCAGAAUGAACAGACCAAAGAGCGAACUGCAGUAGCCUUCCUAAGGGUUGAUGAUGAGCACAUGAAGGUGUUUGAGAAUCGUGUGAGGCAGAUUCUUAUGUCUUCAGGAUCUACAACAUUUACAAAAAUUGUCAACAAGUGGAAUACAGCUCUCAUAGGCCUCAUGACAUAUUUCCGUGAAGCAACUGUACAUACACAGGAACUGCUCGAUUUACUGGUCAAAUGUGAGAAUAAAAUUCAAACCCGUAUCAAGAUUGGGUUGAAUUCAAAAAUGCCUAGUAGAUUCCCUCCUGUCAUAUUCUACACACCUAAGGAAAUUGGAGGACUUGGCAUGCUAUCGAUGGGUCACAUAUUGAUUCCACAAAGUGAUCUUCGAUAUAGCCAGCAAACGGAUGUGGGUGUCACUCAUUUUCGGAGUGGUAUGAGUCAUGAAGAGGACCAGCUCAUUCCCAAUCUUUAUCGCUACAUACAGCCAUGGGAGAGUGAAUUCAUAGACUCACAGCGUGUAUGGGCUGAAUAUGCACUGAAGAGACAGGAAGCGCAAUCUCAAAACAGGCGCUUAACCCUUGAGGAUCUGGAGGAUUCUUGGGAUAGGGGAAUACCUCGAAUCAAUACUUUGUUUCAGAAGGAUCGACACACCCUGGCAUAUGACAAAGGAUGGAGAGUGCGAACUGAUUUUAAACAGUAUCAAGUUCUAAAGCAGAAUCCAUUUUGGUGGACACACCAGAGGCAUGAUGGGAAACUCUGGAACUUGAACAACUACAGAACCGAUGUCAUUCAAGCACUUGGAGGAGUUGAGGGAAUUCUUGAGCAUACAUUAUUUAAAGGAACAUACUUUCCAACUUGGGAAGGUCUUUUCUGGGAGAAGGCAUCUGGUUUUGAGGAGUCCAUGAAGUAUAAGAAGCUGACAAAUGCGCAAAGAUCUGGGCUCAACCAAAUUCCCAACCGUAGGUUUACUCUUUGGUGGUCACCUACAAUAAAUCGUGCCAAUGUUUACGUGGGCUUCCAAGUUCAGUUAGAUCUGACGGGAAUAUUCAUGCAUGGGAAGAUCCCAACAUUGAAGAUAUCAUUGAUCCAAAUAUUCCGUGCUCAUUUAUGGCAGAAGGUACAUGAGAGUGUGGUCAUGGACCUGUGUCAGGUUUUGGAUCAAGAGUUGGAUGCUCUAGAAAUUGAAACUGUGCAGAAAGAGACUAUCCAUCCAAGGAAGAGUUACAAAAUGAACAGCUCUUGUGCCGACAUUCUUCUUUUUGCUGCCCAUAGGUGGCCUAUGUCGAAACCUAGUCUGGUGGCUGAGUCGAAGGAUGUGUUUGAUCAGAAAGCAAGCAAUAAAUACUGGAUAGAUGUGCAGCUUCGCUGGGGUGACUAUGAUUCUCAUGAUAUCGAGCGUUAUACUCGGGCCAAGUUUAUGGAUUAUACAACUGAUAACAUGUCCAUAUAUCCAUCUCCUACUGGGGUGAUGAUUGGGCUUGAUCUGGCUUACAACUUGCAUUCCACUUUCGGGAACUGGUUCCCAGGGUCAAAACCAUUGCUUGCACAGGCAAUGAAUAAGAUCAUGAAGUCAAAUCCGGCUUUAUAUGUUCUGAGGGAACGCAUAAGGAAAGGUUUGCAGUUGUAUUCUUCUGAGCCCACAGAACCGUAUCUGUCUUCUCAAAAUUAUGGAGAGAUCUUUAGCAAUCAAAUAAUAUGGUUUGUUGAUGACACAAAUGUGUAUCGUGUUACGAUCCACAAGACCUUUGAAGGGAAUCUGACAACCAAACCUAUCAAUGGUGCAAUCUUUAUUUUCAAUCCAAGGACGGGCCAGCUGUUUUUAAAGGUUAUCCACACGAGUGUGUGGGCAGGACAAAAGCGUCUUGGCCAGCUGGCGAAGUGGAAAACAGCAGAAGAAGUAGCUGCUCUGGUACGGUCGUUGCCUGUUGAGGAACAGCCAAAGCAAAUUAUUGUGACCCGUAAAGGAAUGCUGGAUCCUUUGGAGGUCCACUUGCUUGAUUUUCCGAACAUCGUGAUCAAAGGAAGUGAAUUGCAGCUGCCGUUCCAGGCAUGCUUAAAGAUCGAGAAAUUUGGUGAUUUGAUUUUGAAGGCUACGGAGCCUCAGAUGGUCUUAUUCAACAUCUAUGAUGAUUGGUUGAAGAGUAUAUCAUCCUACACUGCAUUCUCCCGUCUCAUUCUAAUUUUGCGUGCACUUCAUGUAAACAAUGAGAAGGCAAAAAUGUUGUUGAAGCCUGACAAGACAAUUGUCACUGAACCACAUCACAUCUGGCCUUCUCUCUCAGAUGAUCAAUGGAUGAAGGUUGAGGUUGCUUUGAGAGAUCUUAUACUCUCAGACUAUGCCAAGAAGAAUAAUGUGAAUACAUCAGCAUUGACUCAGUCUGAGAUUCGGGAUAUCAUACUUGGGGCUGAGAUAACUCCACCUUCACAACAAAGACAGCAGAUAGCAGAAAUUGAGAAGCAGGCAAAAGAAGCAAGCCAGUUGACAGCAGUCACAACAAGGACAACAAAUGUUCAUGGUGAUGAACUCAUAGUGACAACGACAAGUCCCUAUGAACAAGCAGCAUUUGGGUCCAAAACAGAUUGGCGUGUGAGAGCUAUCUCGGCUACAAACCUGUAUCUCCGAGUCAAUCACAUAUACGUGAACUCAGAGGACAUUAAGGAGAGUGGCUAUACAUACAUCAUGCCCAAAAACAUCUUGAAGAAGUUCAUCUGCAUAGCAGAUCUGCGGACUCAAAUUGCAGGAUACCUCUAUGGAAUAAGUCCCCCUGACAAUCCUCAAGUUAAGGAAAUACGCUGUAUUGGCAUGCCACCACAGUGGGGGACUCACCAGCAGGUUCAUCUCCCAUCUGCUCUCCCUGAGCAUGAUUUCUUAAAUGAUCUGGAGCCAUUGGGAUGGAUGCAUACUCAGCCAAAUGAGCUCCCUCAGCUGUCACCACAGGAUCUCACUUCCCAUGCCCGGAUUCUUGAAAAUAAUAAGCAAUGGGACGGGGAAAAGUCCAUUAUUUUAACUUGCAGUUUUACCCCAGGUUCUUGCUCGCUGACAGCAUACAAGCUUACUCCCACAGGUUAUGAAUGGGGCCGACUCAACAAGGACACCGGAAGCAAUCCUCAUGGUUACCUGCCUACUCAUUAUGAGAAGGUUCAGAUGCUUCUUAGCGACCGCUUCUUAGGUUUCUACAUGAUUCCUGAUAACGGGCCAUGGAAUUACAACUUCAUGGGGGUGAAGCACACACUGAGCAUGAAGUAUGGAGUUAAGCUCGGAGCGCCUAGAGAGUAUUAUCAUGAGGAUCAUAGGCCCACACAUUUUCUAGAAUUCAGCAACUUGGAGGAGGGAGAGACUGCUGAGGGAGACAGGGAAGAUACAUUCACUUAGGCACAAGAUAUUACUGUUGGUUUAAUUGCAGAUUGUCUAACAACUGAACAGUAGCAGAAAAUAUUGUUGAAUCCAUGGCGCUAGUUGCAGCACUAUAUUUUUGGAGGAUAGCUUAUUGCUUGCUAUGAGGAAGAUCAACCUUUCAAUUGUACAUGUACAUAGUCUAUAGCCAAUGUUAUAUAACUAAUAUGUUGAUGAACUUCACGUGUUUCGUACUGUGGUGGGAUAGUGUACAUCCAUAUAUCAAUUUAUUGGUAUCUUCCAUUGAGCAACUAUCUGCUUGGGGCAGUUGUUUCUCAUUUCUUGUCUAAAA